CAGACUUUGUCAAGAGCAGGAAUUAAAGAUGGAUGUGACAUGUUUGUGUGGGAUGGAAAGCAGGUCGGUGGUCUGCCAGUACACAGUGGUCCAGACUGUACUCCAGUUCUUUUAACCAUCAUGCGUCCAUGUAAAGACCAGAACAAUGGCUCCUCGCCAAAGUACUCAGAGAGCCAGAGAGUCUUCCCAUCAAAUUUACAUUUGAGAGAUGUGCAGGAAAAGUUGGCUGGUAGUCCCUCACUGGAGUCACUGUUGUGCUCUCCAUCCACAGAAAAUAGUGAAGGCUGGAGUGUUUUUGCUUUGGAGGAUUUGGACAAAACCCUUCACAUGUUGGGGCUUAAGGACGGAAGUUCUCUGCUGCUGUUAGAUUCCCAUGAUGAAGGAGAAAUGGUUCUUGCCACAGAAAACAAGUCGGCUGAAGAUCUGAACCUU